UUGUUGACAUGUUGACACUGACAGUUUGAUACUGAAAAUAUUGACAUUACAUAGCCGCUUUUAUUUUGAAAUUUUGAAGUCUUCUAUUCACUUAUUUUAUUUCCACAUUUAUUUUUUCAAAAAAACAUGGUUAAAGCUCAGCAGAGAGUGAAUUUACCAUGGGUUGAGAAAUACAGACCUAGUACUUUGGACGAUCUGGUAUCACAUGAAGAUAUUAUAAAAACAGUGAGUAAAUUCAUAAAAGAGGACCAAGUACCUCACUUGCUUUUCUAUGGUCCUCCUGGCACAGGGAAAACGAGCACAAUCUUAGCAUGUGCCAGGCAACUUUAUACACCAGCUCAGUUUCCAUCAAUGGUUCUAGAAUUGAAUGCUUCUGAUGAUAGAGGUAUUGGAAUUGUUAGAGGACAAAUUUUAACUUUUGCAAGUACAAGAACGAUUUUCAAGUCAGGAUUUAAGCUGAUUAUUCUUGAUGAAGCUGAUGCCAUGACAAUGGAUGCCCAAAAUGCUCUUCGAAGGAUCAUAGAAAAAUACACUGAGAACAUUAGAUUCUGCAUAAUCUGCAAUUAUUUGAGUAAAAUAAUACCUGCUCUGCAGUCUCGUUGUACCAGAUUCAGGUUUGGCCCACUUUCACCAGAUCAGAUUUUACCAAGAUUAAGCUACGUAGCGGAUGAAGAAAAGGUUACCAUAACAGAAGAUGGAAAAAAUGCUCUGCUAACUUUGGCAAAUGGUGAUAUGCGUAAAGUGCUGAACGUUCUACAAAGUACUUGGUUGGCCUAUAAAAAUGUUACAGAGGACAAUGUGUAUAGUUGCGUAGGACAUCCGUUGAGGACAGAUAUUGAGAAUAUUGUGAAAUGGCUGCUAAAUGAGGAUUUUCAAACUACUUAUAGAAAUAUAAAAGAACUGAAGGUGGUUAAAGGUUUGGCUCUACAUGAUAUUAUAACCGAAGUACACAAAUAUGUACACAGAGUUGAGUUUCCGUUCGAUUUGAUGACCGAUCUGUUAGACAAAAUGGCUGAAAUUGAAUACCGUAUUUGCUCUGGAGCAAAUGAGAACAUACAACUCACAGCGUUGGUGUCUGCAUUCCAACACCUCAAGAGUAUAAGUCCAACAGAAGAAUCAUAGUAGGCCUGAACCAGUUAACAUAAUGUGCAUGUGAUUUUCUCUAUUUUUUUAAUACAGCAAAAGUCAACGAUAA